ACACUCCCCCCUGCUCUGUCCCCUCAGAGCCCCCAGCUCCCCAGGGCAGGGAGGGAAGGGAGACACACACCUCCAGCCAGGACAGACAGACACGGAGAUGGCUGCAGGGACAGAUGGACAGGUGCAAAGCUCUGUGGAUGGCUGGGCAGUGGCAGAGACACACGGACAGGUCACCUUCAGGCCGGACACAGUUUCACAUCCAGUUGGACUCCUGGACACGUGCCUGUCCAUCCAUGUGCCCACCUGUGCCACCAUCCAUGUGUCCGUCUGUCCUCAUCUCUGGGGGAGUUGGAGGAUUCAGGAUGGGCUGCGCUGUCCAGCCGGACACACGGACAGGGCGGUUGGUGUUGGGCAGUCACUGGAAAUGACUGCACAGAUAGACAGAUGGACGGAUGGACACAGGGAUGGUUUGACAGGCAGACACAGACAGGGACACGUCCAGCUGGACACACGGACAGUUCACACCUGGACACACGGACAGUUCACACCUGGCCGGACACCCAGGCAGUGCCCUCCAGCCCCCCCAAGUCCUUGCACAACACCCAAAAAUGCCCCUUUUUACCUCAAAGCCAGCAGGGUUGCACCCUUUCCCUCUGCCCAGCAAUCUACGUGUCCAUCUGUCCAAGCCCCAUCCGUGUCCGGGGUCUGUCCAUCAGUCCUGCCUCUCUCCCCCCUCCCUGGGGGCACGGAGGGACCCCUGACCCCCCCAGUGGGACUUGGGGGUUGCUGUGGGGUGUUCCUGGCCAGGCUCCCCACACCCAGCUCCUUCCUGGGGCACCAGCAGCCCCUUUUUGUCCUGGUUUUAUCCCAAAACAGGCUCUGUUCUGCCCCCCACCCUCAGCCCAGGGUGCAGGGGGAGGGUCUCCCCAAAUUCUGUCCAAAACCUCCUUUUCCACCACACCUGCCCGAUUUUAACCCAUUUACACCAGCCUUGAUUGGGCUUCCCACUUGCACCUGGCAGGGAUUUGGGUGGAAAAGCAGUGAAAACCAUCAAGUCUGGCUCCUGCAUUUCCAAGCAUGAUGAAUCCAGGGAUAAUUUUCAGUGAGGAGUUGGUGUGUGGUGAUUAAAAGUGGGGGCAAACCCUGCGAAUUCAGUUUUCACAAGUAUUUAUGAGAGAGGAGGGAAAAUCAGGAGGAAUUGGGUUUAAUGUGAUGAAAUGUCCUUUUAUCCGGGCUGUUUUGGAGGGAGAGGUGGGUGCCCCUCCCCGGCAGCCCCAAAGCUCCCCUUCCCCUUCCCCUCCCCACGCCGAGGGACGAGGUCGGGGCGCCGACGUGUUUUGUAUUUUUUAAUAAAGUUCGUAAUCCAAUGGACACACAAAACAAAACUGCGCUGAGAAAAAAAAAUAAACCAAAAAUAAACCAAAAAAAAAACCAAGUUCCAUAAAUUAAUUAAGUGUUAGGGGAGGCGAGGGGGGCCGGGGCAGAGUCUUUGUACAAGUGUAUAACACUUCCACAGCUGAUGAGACGAGGGGAUGUUUAAAUGAAGCGCACUUACAAAUGAGUGACAAUACAAAGUCUGAGUAUGAAAAUAAGAUUUUUUUUCUCUGAAAACACAUUUUUGGCACAGAUUAAAAAAAAAUGUAUGUUGUGGGGAUUUGAUUUUUUUUUUAAAGUCAGUAUUAUAUAUAUUUAUAUAUAUUAUAUAUAUAUUUAUAUAUACACACACCCACUGAGUUCUGCAUAUCCCACCAGGAAGGAAAAAAGCUCUCCCUUUUGUUUUGUUGUUUGUUUUGUAUUCUCUUGUUUUUCAGUGUAAACUGUACAUCCCAGAUGAAGAGAAGACGGCUGCAGCAGGGGCAGGUGGAGGAAGAGGAAGGUUCACAUCCGGAAAAAAUAACCCCCCCCAAAAAAAUAACCCCAAAAGAAGGAAAAAAAAACCAACAAAAAA